CGUUUCUCUCUCUCUCUCUAUGAAAGAACCGUCCAAUUCUAUGCAAAUUUUCAGUUUUUGACGUGCAACACUACACCCUUUUCUCAGCCGGCUCUUACUCUGUCUUUCUUCUCCAUCUUUCUCUGCAACUUCUUUUUUUAAGAUUGAUUUAAUUUUAUUAGUAAUUGAACUCCAGACUUAGUAAUUGUAAAUUAUUUUAUUUUAAUUAAAAAACCUAAAAAAUGAUAAUAUUUUUUUAUGUCAAACACAAUCUCCAGCAAUAUAAAUACAGAAUCUCCCAAUUUUUGAAGACAAAUCCCAUUAAUACAUCGCCUAAGUUUUGCAAUUUCCAUGUUGCCUUACGUGCUUUCCCUUGUAUUUAAAGGAACUUGAAGCAGACUGAGAAUUCCAUUUCUCAGUCUUCGAUUUUAGUGAGAGUUUCUCUCUGUCUCUCUCUCCUCUUUCUCAGAGCGAGCGAGAGAGAGUUUUAUGCAUAUAUGAUUUUUGGCCAUUGACUAGACAUGGUGAAUGUUCUGUUUCUGCUGGUUCUACUAGCAGUUAUCACCACCGUUCGUGGCGGAGAUGUAACUUAUGAUGGUAGAUCCUUGAUCAUCGAUGGGCAGCGAAAGCUUCUCUUCUCUGGUUCUAUUCACUAUCCACGAAGCACUCCUGAGAUGUGGUCAUCUUUGAUAGCUAAAGCCAAGGAAGGAGGUCUGGAUGUGAUAGACACCUACGUAUUUUGGAACCUCCACGAGCCACAACCUGGUCAGUAUGAUUUCAGUGGAAGACGUGACAUUGUAAGAUUUAUUAAGGAAGUCCAAGCGCAAGGCCUCUACGUUUGUCUUAGGAUUGGACCCUUUAUUGAGGCUGAAUGGUCCUACGGAGGGCUACCAUUCUGGCUGCAUGACAUCUCAGGCAUUGUUUAUAGAUCAGAUAAUGAGCCUUUCAAGGUUCAGAUGCAAAAUUUUACAAAAACAAUAGUAGGAAUGAUGCAAUCAGAGAAGUUAUAUGCUUCACAAGGAGGCCCAAUUAUAUUAUCACAGAUUGAAAAUGAGUAUGGAACGGUGGAAAAAUCAUAUGGUGAGGAAGGGCCAAAAUAUGUUCAAUGGGCUGCUCAAAUGGCUGUUGCGCUUAACACCGGAGUGCCAUGGGUUAUGUGUAAACAAAACGAUGCUCCUGAUCCUGUGAUAAAUGCAUGCAACGGAAUGAGAUGUGGAGAGACAUUUGUCGGACCUAACUCGCCCAAUAAGCCUGCAAUUUGGACUGAGAAUUGGACUACUCGGUAUGUAAUAAAUGGCGAGAAUAUACGCAAGAGAGCUGUGGAGGACAUUGCAUUUCAUGUUACCCUAUUCAUCAUUGCAAAGAAUGGAAGCUUUGUCAACUAUUACAUGUAUCAUGGGGGAACCAAUUUUGGAAGGACAGCUUCUGAGUUUAUUCCAGCUAGCUAUUAUGAUCUAGCACCCCUUGAUGAGUAUGGAUUGAUAAGUCAGCCUAAAUGGGGUCAUCUUAAGGAACUGCAUGCUGCAAUUAAGCUGAGUUUAACUCCUUUACUUUCAGGAGUGCAAAUGAACAUCUCUCUAGGCCAGCAGCAACAGGCCUAUGUGUUUACUGGACAAGCAGGAGAAUGUGCAGCCUUUCUGGUCAACAGUGACACACAAAAUAGUGCUUCUGUGCAAUUCCAAAAUGCUUCGUAUGAUCUGCCUCCAAAAUCCAUAAGCAUCUUACCUGACUGCAAAAAUGUUGCCUUCAAUACUGCCAAGGUAAGCACUCAGUACACUACAAGAAGUAUGGUAAGAAACAGUUUGCUGGAUGGUGCACAAACGUGGGAAGAAUUCCAUGAAGCUAUUGUCAACUUUGAUGACACCUCAAUAAAAUCAGAAACUCUAUUGGAGCAAAUGAGUACUACCAAAGAUGCUUCUGAUUAUCUUUGGUACACUUUCAGAUUUCAGCAAGAAUCAUCCGAUACCCAAGCAGUACUGAAUGUGGGAUCUCUUGGCCAUGUUCUACGUGCAUUUGUCAAUGGUCAAGCAGUAGGAUAUGCUCAAGGAAGUCAUAAAAACCCAGAGUUCAACCUGCAGAGCACAGUAUCUUUGAGUGCAGGGAUUAACAAUGUUUCCUUGCUAAGUGUGAUGGUUGGAUUGCCGGAUUCAGGAGCACAUAUGGAGAGAAGGGCUGCUGGACUAAGUAGAGUAACGAUUCAAGAUAAUCAGGGUAAUAAGAAUUUUACCAACUAUUCAUGGGGAUAUCAGGCAGGAUUACUGGGUGAGAAGUUGCAAAUUUACAAAGAACAAGGCUCAAGCCGAAUCCAGUGGGCAAAGUUUUCCAAUGCUCAAAGUCCACUGACAUGGUAUAAGGCAUUGUUUAAUGCACCUCCAGGAGAUGUGCCGGUUGCUGUAAACCUUGUUUCCAUGGGAAAGGGUGAAGCUUGGGUUAACGGCUACAGCAUUGGAAGAUAUUGGCCCUCAUAUCGCUCACCAGAUGGAUCUUCACAAAUAUGGUACAAUGUGCCACGAUCUUUCCUCAAACCUACAGGAAACCUAUUAGUUCUUUUGGAAGAAGUGGGUGGGAAUCCUCUGCAAAUCUCAGUGGACACUGCCUCAAUCUCACAAGUAUGCAGUUAUGUGACUGCUUCUCAUCUUCCCCCUGUAUCUUCAUGGGUAGGAUAUGAUCAGAAAACUAAAGCAUAUAUGAAGAUAAAGAGCAGAAGACCAAUAGUUCAUUUGGGUUGCCCUUCAAAUAGCAAGAUUUCCAAUAUUACAUUUGCAAGCUAUGGAACUCCACUUGGUAACUGUACUGCUACUUAUGCAGUUGGCAAUUGUCAUUCCUAUUCUUCAAAAGCCAUUGUUGAAAAGGCAUGUCUGGGGAAAAUGAAUUGUUCAAUUCCUGUAUCAACAGGAUAUUUUGGUGGUGAUCCAUGUUCAGCCAAUGAAAAAUCUUUGCUGGUUGUUGCAGAAUGCAGAUAAGAGCAGCAAAUCUCAUACCAUUCCUUAGCUGGAAUGAUUUAGGAUUACCUUUAUGCAAUUUUUUUCCUCUCUUCUUGAGGAUAAUGCUUGUGUGAAUUUAAAUUUCAUUUUAAAGAAAUUAAUUUUCUGUAACCCAUUUACAGAUUUUAGUUGAUUAGAAUCAAAGGAGACAUUGCCCUUCACUGAUUUUAUUCAAUUGGAAAUUCAGGAAAUUAAUUUGAAAAACUUUUGAUGGUCA